UUGUGUAACUUUGUGUCCAUCCCUCCAGCUACGUCAGAUGGGACGCGUCAAGGCCUGGAUAGCAUGAGAGGAGGAGUGUGUGCUACGCAAGGCAUGAAGGUGGUCCUGAAAGUGGGACAGAGCCCAUAUGGACUGCCUCCAAAGAAGGAGCCGCCAGCGGGACGCACCACCAACAGAAACCCAGGUGGAACUGGAAACUCCACCCACCCUCGAGGCCCUUUUGGAGAGGAAGGUGGAGAUGAGAAUGGGCCCCUCCAGUCCUCCAACAUCGCUGUCAUCGCGGGCGCUGCAGGAGGCUCCGCCUUCCUCCUGCUGGUCACAGCUGUGAUCUGUGUCGUGUGCUACCGGCGGAGGCACGCAAAGCACUCAGACACCCACCACCCUCCUCUGUCACUGUCCUCCCUCACCAGCCCCAAGCGGGGCGGCGGCGGGGGCAUCUCCAGCUCAAACAACAACGGUUCUGAGCCCAGCGACAUCAUCAUCCCUCUGAGGACGUCGGACUCGGCCUACUGCCCACACUACGAGAAGGUGAGCGGGGACUAUGGACACCCUGUCUACAUCGUCCAGGAGAUGCCCCCUCAGAGCCCAGCCAACAUUUACUACAAAGUAUGA